GGGGGUGUGGAUGUGCGUUUCAUCAAGGAACCUUCUAAUCCAAGCUACUUCAACAAUGGCAGUGAUGCCAACCUGGUGUGGGACUACACCGAUCCACAAAAUAAGAUUCAGUACAUCAUCUAUAGUGUUCUGGUAGAUGGUGUGUUUGUCAGAAUGAUGGUUAAUGACAGUCGUGGUGUCCAAGAACAUCCUAACAUUCCUCCAUCUUACAAAGGAAGAGUUAAAAUUGAAGGAAGAGCUACACUGGUUAUCAAGGACAUCAACCCUGGAGACAAUACUAAAUUUGAAUGUUCAAUACGGGAAGAAGGGAACAUUGCAAGUACAGUUCAGCUUAUUGUGGCAGGUUUGUAUUACCGACGUAGCCAUUAAUAAUCGAACAAAAAUCAAAUACAUUUAAUUCAUGUCUGUCAUAUUUCUGAGAUCUGGAGAAAGUAAAUAAUAGCAUAAAUCUGUGCAAAACUUUUAUAUGCAGGGCUGAAAGUGGCUAGCUAACCCAAUUUUUGGGAACAACAGUGAUACUUUUACUCAGCAUGUGACACAACACUCCUAAAAGGAGAAAGUAAAUUCUACUUGUACUAUGUUGUUUCCCAUCAGUAAGAAUUCAAAGGGCAAUUGCUUAAUUCUUCUGGCACCAACUACUGGGUUGCUCUGUUAUGCAUAGAGAACUAUUAUUAAUAUGAAUACUGAGAUUUUAUCAUGGCAAAGAUGUCAAUAUAAAAUGGUUAGUCAAAACUAGAAACAAUGUGGCUGGUUCUAUGAUUUUGCUAAAUCAGGGAAGGAGAAUAUUGCAUGACCAGUCACAGGCAGUAUGUGAAAUUAAUUUGGUGUGAAAAAAAUGGCAUUGCUUUUCAAGUCUUUUAAAGGGACUUGUCAAAGGGAAUGGGGCCCUGCUUUACGAUUUAGCUUGUGAGGAAGCUAAAUUGUUCUGAAUAAAGUUUUAGCCUCUUUAUACUAGUUGGUUGUGGUGGACCAAUGGCUGGAUACUUUUGUGUAUUUUAUUGUAAUUGGGUACAUUUUAAAACUCAAUCCAUGUAAAAUUUGCUAUAUGCCAUAUGAGCCUCGUAUGGCAUAUGGUAAAUUUUACUUGUCCUGAGGUGAGAUAUAAUCUCUUUCAACUUUCAGAGGCACCACUUAUAAACCUCUCUUCAGAAGUGAAAUAUUACACUGAGGGAUCCCCUGUCACCAUGGCUUGUAAAGCUUCUGGGAAACCACUGCCAGAUGUAGCAUGGAUUAGAAAUGGAAAACUGGAAAGUUCAGGGAAGAAAACUGCGUUUUUAAAGUUUGAUAAUAUAAACAGAACAGAUGCAGGACAAUAUACAUGUCAAGCCAAUAACUCAGUGGAAGUCACUUCCAUUGACACAACAAUUUUAGUUCACUGU